AUGUGUGGAUAUGGUCGCCCUGAUAAAUAUUUAGCGACCACGCAGAGCGAGAAAGAUAUGGAUUACUCGUCAAGUGAUAUUAGCACUGAAAUGAAGCAUGUCGUUAAGCAAUUGCAUGAUAAUGCGAUUGGAAAUGGAUAUCAACCUUUGAGAAGAGAAGAGUGGGAGACAUCUGUUAUUGGGUUUAUGAAGUCGACUAGUGCCGCGGAGAAAGUACGUGUUCCAAAGUCUGCAUCUACUAGGUCGCGAGAUAUAUUAAAAGGAGGUAGAAGUACUGGCAACAAUAAUAUUUUAACGGGAACUACAAAUGCUGUUGUUGGUAUUGUGAGAGGCGAUAAGAUUUUCAAUACUGAUUUGGAGAGGACAUUCGAUACCCCUGAUACAUGCUUAUCGACUGGAUCAAGGAAUGUUCCCGUAAAAGCAACUCGCGCUAUUUACCCUGUUCACAGCGCCAAAUCUGAAAGUGAAGAGGCACUAUCACAACGAAUUGUGUUUCAACAAGUACGAAACCCACGUCAAACUAUAUCUGCAGGUCCGUCAACAAAUCCAGCAUCAAGACGAACGUCACGAAUUUCACGUCGUGCACACGCCAUGGAAUUUGCUGCAUUUCAUUACAUUCAAGAAUAUAAUACGCUAUUUCAAAUUACUUCUUUUGGUGCGACGAAAGUUAUAAGAGACAGUUUUAUGCCGAAGUUCAAGAUUCAAGGCCAGAUUUAUCAUAGAGCUGGUUCAUUAUUGCCAUUCCCUGACACUGAAUCUCAAUUUGUGCAAAUCUAUUUUUUUGGGAAUAGCAAUGAUGAAUUGAAUCGGCGUUGUGCAAUUGCUUCAAGUGCAAGGCGUCAAAUUAUUUUGGACCUGCAAAUUUUUUUCCAUCAACACAAUGGAUUAGUUCAAUUGUUCAAAACCGCUCUUGAUCUUAUGCCAUCCGAUAAUCAUAGGAUAGUAAUAAGAGCCGACAAAACGCCUUUUGGGGAGCAUGCAAGACGCUUCAAUGCACCAACCAUUGAUGAAGUGGCUAUUGUAAUUGUUGGAGAGCAGUUUCUAUCUCGUGAUAUUGUGCUACACCGAAGAAAUGAGCAAUUGCAGCGUGUAUCAGAGCUUCAUCAAAGCUAUGAUGCAUUACAGUAUCCAUUAUUGCACUGGAAAGGUGACGACGGCUAUCAUUUCAAUAUAUCAAUGAUAGAUCCACGAACCGGUCGCGGCAUACCAGGCAAGACAGUUAGUGCAAUGAACUAUUACUCAUACAAAUUCAUGGUUCGUCCACAAGAAGACAACUUUAUUUUGUGGUUUGGAAAAUUAUUCAAUCAAUAUGCUGUGGACAUGUAUGCGAAGAUUGAAUCAGAAUGUCUUAAUUACUUUAGAUUCAAUCAAUCGGAAGAGUACAUACGCUUACAAGAUGCAAUAGUGAAUGAUGGCAAUGUCAAUAAUAUUGGACGCAUUAUAUCAGCUGAAAUUCCAGAUGAAAUUACUGAUCCUGAAUUAUUUGAAGUUGUCAAGAAAAAUAUGAUUCACGGUCCUUGCGGUGAACUCAAUUUGAAUUCUCCAUGA